AGGCAAGAGUUGGGGUUCUUUUCGGAGAGCUGCCGGCUGGCCGCCGCGGCAAGCAGGUUCUUUAUUGGUAGGUAGCAUCACAACUGUCGUACACCAUGGAGCGGCUUACCGAGGAGCAAGCCCGGCAGUAUGUUGGGAAGCAUUUCAACAUUCUGCACGACGAAAAUCCGGCGCUGUUUGUCGUCCUCGUUGAGGCGCUGAAGUAGUGAAGUCAUCAUUUUGAAGAUGAAGAUUUUUGGUUUUGCGUACAGAAUAAUCAAAAUCGUCAGCCUAAUAUGUUGCUGAAUGAGCUGCAUCAUGUGCAUCAUUCAACUACAUCAAGCUCUCGACAUUCAUGUUGCUGAGGUGCAUCGCAUACGCAUUGCCUAUACAACCCUAUUCGAAAAACAUCACUGUACUUCUCAGGUUUCCGCUUCUCGACCCGUGGCAGAUUGUCGCUACCGAGGAAUCUGGCGUGUACUUCUUCAAUCCGGACACCAACGAGACCUCGUGGGAACUUCCCUACCACGCUUCCGUCGUCGAUCUGAAGAACAAUUUCGAGUACGUUUGGGCCGAUAACGGUUUCGCGUACCUCGACGCAACCACCGGGCAGCUGCUCGACGACGCCAAAAUCCAGGAGCAUGACAAGGAGGCGCACUCGCGCACGCAGGUCGCCCUCGACGCGUGGGAAAAGGCCUUUGAACAGAGGGUCGCCGAGUACCAGGCGCAUGAGGUUCUCGAGGGAGAAGCUGGAGCCGCGGCUGCAAGCAGUAGUAGUUCUAGUACGCAGAAGAAGAAGAAAUACUACCACCACCCAGGCACGGAAACCACAACCUGGACCACUCCCAGAUCUUACGAAAGCAGCUUUUUCCAGCCGAAGUUCGAUCCGCUGAGCCGCCUACUCGAGCCGGAGUACCGCACGUAUCUCCGCGAGUACGAGAAAUACUACAAGGGGUCGCAGUCCUCUUCGUCGAGCGAGGAGCUGGUGACGUCCACGUCGAAAGAAGAUUUGGGACUGGCUUCGCCGCCCGCGUCGAAGAAAACUACUGUGUUGAAUAAAACAGAUGAAGAUCAUCAUGCGGUGGAUGGAGGCAAUAAAUACGGGAACGCAACAGCAAGUGCAGAGGAGGACGCGACAAGAACGCCGAAAGUAGUCAACAACAUGAACGAAGCCGCAUCGUCUUCCAGUGCUUCAAAGAACUUUGACCGCACCCCGACGCUCGGUUUCGACCAGGAGGAGGGGCUGGACCGCGACAUGAAAGCCAUGAAUCGUAGCGGGAAGACGGGCGAGCUCCGGGCGCUGGCGGAACAGGCUGUAAAAGACUGGGACGCGGGGCUGGCAUUGAAGAAGUGGAUGGUGCCAGAACAGUACGCGAAGUACCUGCAUUUAGAGCCCGGCGAGGAGACGGAGCUUUUCACGAAGCUGUUCUUAAGGCCUUUGAUGCCACCCUGGCGGGCCAAGCGUGACGAAAUAUCAAACAAAAAAAGCUCGUCACGAUCACUCAUGCGCAUUUUUGCAAUGCAAAAUUGGCUGUCAUGCGUGCAAAUGCAUGACAAGGGGACUUCCCUAGUUUUUCUGCAAUACAAGGAAAACUUGUGAUGCUAAAAAAAUUUGUAAUGCAAAGCCUGCAAGUUAGUGACUGUGACAAACUUUUUUCUUCCAUACGAAAAGAGCCGGGUGUACUUCGAGCACGUGGGCAGCAUUCCGGCGGAUAAGAAGGUAAGUAUAGUUGACAAACGAAGUAGGAAGUAGAUCAUGUCGCGAGGCUCCGUGUGCUUUUGUCCAUAAGCAUGUCAACGUGACAGAAUACAAUCAGUGAGCGAAUUAUGCUCAAUCUUCUUCUUGAAUCCAAUACGAAAGCGAAACUACACACUAGAAUAACCACACCCCCACCGCAACGACCUUUGCAGGCCUGGAAACACCCGCUGCAGUCCUUCUUCCACGAACUUAUCCCCGUUGUCCGCGAAGUGCUGCAAACUGACGACCUAUUCGAUAAAAAAUCGAGACUCGUCGCGGUCAUGCAGAAGCACGCAGGGCGGAAAUCGCUAAAGGGCAUGGGAACGUGGUUGAUUAAGGAGCACAAACCCGCUUCGGAGGACGGCCAAACCCCUGCCCUCACGAUCUACGUGAACCGUGAGGACAGCUCGCAAGAGCGGUCCGACAACCCGAAAGUCGCCGCGUGCUGCCAAGUCUACACGAAACUGUGGAUGCUGGUCACGCUGUGGCAUUCCAUCUUCGGCGAGGAACACAAAUGUCCGCUGUCGGAUGACGAGUGCUGGAGUUUAGCGGAGAGGUUGGGCAACAUGGUAUUGCAGCAGCAGCAGAGCUCCGUUCCAAAUUCCGAGCCCCUGACGGCGAAGAUCGAAAUCGAAACGCCCGCGGACACACCAAAAGAGGAUAACUUGCUGAGACAGAGCUCCUUGAGCAAGUCCUCGGGGGAGCGGAAGAAAUUCCCGCUGAAUCUGCAACAGCGGACCCCCGGGGACACUUCCUCCGCGCAGGAACAGACCAGCGACAACAACUACGACGACGAACAGGCGGCGUUGGGAGAAACCGAGGAUGAAAAUCUCGUGGACCCGAUCGUCGAGGCACAGUACGUUUCCAAAGUGAACCAGCACCACGAGCAGGAGAAGCAGCUCGCGGAGCAGGCGGUGCGGUUGCAGGCGGAGUAUGAAGAGAAGCUUCGCGAGGAAAUCGAAAACGCAAAAAUCGCGUUCGCCGAGGAGCGGCGGCAGUCGCAGGUCGACAUGGACGAAAAACUGCAGGAAUUUCUGCGGCAGAAGGAACAAGAGGACGCCGAGCGGAACCGGGAGGACGUGAGCCAGAUGCUGGCGGAAGCAAACUACCAGAAGGAGGAGGAGUUAAGCACGGCUCUGGAACAGAUGGAAACGAGGUUGCAGGAGCAGAUGACGGCCAGUCUAGCGGAAUUGCGGCUGCAGAUGGCAGACGAAGUGAAGAAAAUGCCAGAGAAAAGGCGCGACAUGGAACUCGACUGGCAAAGGGAGUAUUGAUGUUUUUCGCUGCAGCAGGACAAAUAUUGUGUGCUUUAUUUUCGGCUUCUUCUACUUGAAUCACCCAGUCUUAGGCAUUUGAUGCGCCCCUAAAGCCGUUGAUGUUUGAUAAAAAACUGAAAAACUCCAGCUUCGACCACCAGGCGCAGCGGCUCCAAGAGCAGUGGCUACGCAAGUUCGACCAGCAGCGGAGUGGGGCAGAGAUCGAGUUGCAGCAAGCUCUCCGCGAAAUACGGGAGAAAUCGGAGCGCGAACACCACUUGGCGCAGGAGAAGUGGCGGCAGCGGGAAAGCGAGUUUGUAGAAGAGCAGCGAUCGUCUCUAGAAAACGUCGCCAGCCGCAGCGCCGCGGACCUUGCGACAGAAAGCACGAAGUUGCUUGGCGAGGUACGUUUUGUAUUCAGUGUUUUGGCUUAUUUUUUCGACAUGUAGUUGAUGUUGCUGAAUCGGUCUGUUCUUCGCAGUUUGGUUUCGACUAGUCCACCACUUCCAAAAACUCUUACUGCCAGCACCAACGGCUCGUGGACAGCAGCCUCGAACAGAAGCGACUCAAUCUCGAGAAGCAGCACGCUGAGCGUAGCCGCCAUGUGGAGGAGCAGCUCCUGGAGCGAAAGAAAGAGAUAGCCCGCGACCUCGACGCUCGAAAAUCGGAACUGGAGCAGGAUUUGGUCCGGAAAACGAAGGAGAUCGAGUUCCAGGUCGAGUCCCAUAUUCAACCGGCAAAAGCAUCGUGGUACUCGUACAAAUGCCAGUCACGCGGCGCCGGCAUUUUUACAGAUCUGCAUCUGCAUGAUCUGCUGUGGUCUGAUAUUGAAUCUGCGUGACGCGACGCUUCUUGAACGAACAAAUUUCAAUUUGCAUUUUUCAUGCAAUUCCCACUAUUAGCACGUACCCCUACCCAUACGACACUUUUGCAAUGCAUAUCCCGCUACCUGGACCAGUUCGAACGCGAGAGCCAAAAGCACGCGGAACACCUCGCAGCGCAGACGCAGGAGCUGCAGCAAAAGGCGUAUUUGGAGGUUAAACAGAAGCAGGGCGUAAUUCUCGACGAGCUGGAACGGGACGCGAAGCAGCGGCAGGACGUGUUUCUUGCGGAGAGGCAGCUGCAGGCGAGCAGGCUGCAGUUCGAGGCCGAAGCACUGGAGGAGACGCGGAAAAAAGCGGAGCUGGAGCGAAAGCGGCUGGAGGAGGCGAAGCACGAGGCGGAUAGGACGUCAAACUACCGCACGCAAUCGGACCAGAUAUGCAAUGCAAAAGUUAAAGUAUCGCACCUUUAGUUGCAUUAAUAAUCUCGACGCUUUUAUUGCAUUUGCAUCACAAAAUGUUAGGGUAAAUCGGAAUUAAUCAUUUCACUUCGCGCUGAGCAAAUUUGUCAUGCGAUCUUUACUGCUCGUAGUCCUCCCGGUCCGAUACAACUUUUGCAAUGCAUACGAGAUGCGUUGCGACACUUUGGAAAGGAAGAUGGAGGAGAAACUGCUCUCUCUCGAGCGAACCAUCGCGGACAACGAGCGCGAGGCGCAACGGCGCGAGUCAGAGCUGCGGACCGAGUUGGAUACAACCCGGAAAUCACUGCACGAAUCUGUCAGAUUGCUCGAGUCCAUCGCCCCCAACGUGGUAGGGCGCGCGAGCUACGGCAGUACCGGGUCGUCCCUCGGACUGCCGCCUUUUCAGAUGACCGAUCCGCUGCAGCACAGCGUGUUGACGACGCAAUUGCACGCGUCGCCGAAUCCGCACCGUAGUCUGGUUCCUGGGAGUGCCGGCGGUCAGCUAGGACCACAGCAACAGCAACAGCCUAUGUACUUGCCAAACCCAGUUCUUGUGCCGGGAUCAGCCGAGCGCGAGAACCGCCUGCAUCGGAUUUCUGUCGAAAGUGCUGCCACGCAAGUACCACAUGGCGUCGGAGGACAAAAUAACAACUCGGUGAGCGAACACCAGCACCCUCUUCUCACGACUCCGCCGCGCGGAACUUCUACCGGAGCUGCUGAUAGCUUACUAGUUGGAGCUGCACCUCCGAUCGGCCACCAGCCGCUGCACCACCCGGCGGUGAGUAGCAAACAGAGUAAGCUUGAUAGCAAGGGAUCGAGUCAGGACGAAGGGCUGAGAAAUACCGUCAGAACGAUGCAAGCACAAAUGGAAGAGAUGGAGCGAAGGGUAUGAAGAUCAAUGCCACGGCAUGUUUUAUUUAGGCUUGUUUAUCAUCUGAAUUGGCAUUGGGGACGAGCGACUCAGUUGUAGAAGCGUUGAAAUUUUUUCUGAUCUUUUUGACGUAAUAAUAAACUAAAACACUGUAACAGCUCCGCGCAGAGCAACAGGGCGAUCAUUUAUUUGGAGGUCCUGUUCAAGCAAGCCAACCUGAAUAUAACAACCCUUCCGGUGAUCCUAACAUGCAGGACCUGAAAUCCUUCUUCCGUGAGUUCCAGCAGCAACAGGCGCACGAGAUGGCGCAGCUGCGGUCUGCUCUGGUAGCCACGCGAGGCGGUGGAGGGGCCGCGGGAGGAGGUGCCGCGGGGGGAGGCGGUGGCAUUAACGAGGAUUCCCCCGGGGGGCUGGGGCAGAAUUACCUGGACCGGGUGAUUCUGGAUUCCGUGCGCGAAGUCGUUUCCGAUGCCAUGACAGAGGCCUUUGUCGCCGACGACUACCAGAGACAGCGGCGCAAACGGGAGGCGUUUGCGCCAAACAAUCGGUACCAGUUUCCCGGCGGCGGCGGGGUCAGUCCGGUGUUUUACCAGGGUGGGGAGACGGCUUCGAACGCAUCCACGAAUAACGCGGUCUUAACCAGCACCCCCGUGACAGACGUGAACACGACGCCGGUAUCGGUCGCGAGUCAACAGCAGCAGAUGACCGGAGGUGGGGGUGGAACGAGUACUAGUAGUCGUGCGGGGAAUACGGGCAGCAGAAACGGAAGCAAGUCGAGGGCUUUUAAGCAACAGCAGCAUGCGCAAAGCAAUUUUGCCGCGAAAAACGGAACAAAUGCGAACAAUCGCAGUGCCUACAUCGACUCUGAGCCCAGCGUCAUGUUCUUCGAAGACGAUGAGGAGGAAGACUUUGUCAACAUCCACGAGCGGGGAUCAUCGGCAGGAGCACCGCAACAAGCCUCAACGAGGCGCGGCGGAGGUGGACCUGGCGCUGCUGUGCCGAGAAGUUUCGCAAAUCCGGGGCAACAACAUCCGCACCAGACUCAACACAAUCUUAGUCUGCGGGCAAGCACCGGCACGAUCAAGAAGAAGCUGCGGUACGAACCCAUGCUGGAUCCGGCAGCGCACUCGCAGCACAUGCGGUCCCGUCGGGCAGACAACGGAAGCAGUGCUGAUUUCAAUGGAUCUGGCAAUCUCGCUCAGCAAGCGGGGGCUCUGGCCGAUCGUUAUCCUGAUACCUAUCGAGUACUACAGAUGUCCGCCGGGUUUUGAGGAAAAGUCGGGCUGGUCCUUGUCGCUUCGUCAAAAUAAUGAAUAGAGGCACACUUGUUUUCCAAAGUGUAAGUCUAAGUUGUGCACUGCUCGUCUUUUACUUUUUUACGAACCCAAAGAAAUGAACCGAUGUGAUAUCAAUUUACCUGAAUGAUAUGCAAUUCUAUUCACAAACGCGUUUCGCAUUGUUCCUUACAUUUGAUUUGUUAGCUAUCAAAUCCAUAUGCUAAUUUUUGUCCCAUAUUGAACUUGGAUAAUUAUCGAAAGAAAUGAACCUUCGGCUAUUUCGUUUCCUCUACGGAGUCUAAAACGUCGAGCUACAACUACAAUACAGGAGGUGUCGAGGCUGAAACUUCUAUUUUAUUCACAGUUGAAACUAUUUUUACUAGACAGCACGCGGUAGUAGAUGCGGCAUCGGUGGCGCUGGUUCAUCUGCUCUCGUGCUAGCGAUCCAAUAUUUUGGUCAAUUUUAACAUGAUUUGACGAGCUACUGUACGAAAGACAACGAGAAAGCCUGUUGUGUGGAAACAAGAAUCUAUUGGUAUUGUAAAAAUUGAAAGUCAGGAGAAGCUACAAGCUGAAAGUAAAAAAAGCUGAACAUCAAAUUUGGGAAUCGGUUAAGAUUCGCGACCAUGAGACAGAACAUGUGACGUGGUGUUGCGGAGGUAGGUACCAAAUCCGUUGGAACAGCUGUUGUCCGAUCUCACGCUACUCAGCUACUUCAAGUAGUGAAAUAAGUAGCUAAAAGAGCAGCACACGGAACGAUGAUGUGAUGAGUGCGACGAUUGCGUGUGAUGAGAUCCCAUGGCAUCUUCGAGUUAUGUACAAUUUCUGAGCAACUACUCUGCCGUCGUCAUGUACACAUGUUGCCCGCCCGAGAUAGAAGUACUAGAACUAGUGACGAGGCUGAGGCCCAUUGUAUGUUCACUCCACAUUUAUUUUUAUUGGGAAAGAUCUGUUACUGUUCCUCUUCCUGUGAACAACACAAGCAUUAGCAUUCACAGCUGCAGUCCCGACGACGACAACUCACUUAGUACAGCGUGAUGCAAUUCAUGCUAAUCACAAUAUAUAAAUAGCCAGCGCCUGCCUGCCAGUUGAUCGCGGCUCGUAAUCAGCUUUAAUACUUCAUUCAGUUUCAUCAGAGCCACAAAGUCUCUCUUCUCGAGGGUUCUCCUUUUCUGGUUUUUCUUUUGUAGCUCUCCAGAAAAUCCCAAAAAAAUGUUGGACUGCUUCGCAUUCAUCACCGGCGGCGUCUUGGGCUCGGUCCUCGGCGUCUACAAGUCGGAAGAGCUGAAGCCAACAUUUAUCGCGCAGAAAAAUCUUCGCUGAAACAGCCUACCCUGCCUGUGAACUACAGAAGGCUCGCACCAUGCACCAAAAGGAGAAGAGAAACAGUGGAGCUCAAAACUAAAAUAAGAAUGUUGUUCUAUCUCACUCUGCAAGCAGCUGUGCUAGCCUAUGCAACAUGUCUGGAUCAUCACACUAAGCAUGGAAUUCAAAUUCAACAUCAACAGCUCCAGCUUUUUGUUUUAGCCGCGAGGGCAGGUUCGUUUUGCAUAACCCGCGACGCCAUCGCAGAAAAGAGCAAGGAGGGCUUCGAAAUGGCCAAGGACAAAUACACCGAAUAUAAGGAGCAGAACCAAUGAAGUCCUUACAAAAAGCGACGAACUUUUACGAGUGGUUCAUCAAGCUGAAGCUCCGGUUUGGAGGCCGAAGGACGCGAAAUAUGUUGACCAGAAAACGACGAAAUUGGCGACAAGCGCCAAGAACAGCAGAACUUUUUUUCCGUAAAAAUUUUCCGGAAGCAGGGCGGGCGGCAUGAAGUACUGUAUUUCACCCUGUGUGGUCAUUGUCAUUGUCUACAUUUAUUAAGAACUGUUGCUCUACUAGUCAACACUCUUCUGCGUGUGUCAUGGGGCUUUGAGUCUCGUCGUCUCGAAGGAAUUGUCGAUGAACAAAAACUUGUUUAUCUGAUUUCGCCCAAUGAUCUCAAUGACAUACAAGGUUCCACCACCGCCCGCUCCUCCUUUACAACAAUGAAAUUGCCGAGAAACAAAAGAAAACCUCGUCGAAGAUGAAACAGUAGUUGGACCGUGCGAAAGGAGAGCACAAAGCAACAUGCAACAAAUCAGGCUGCGCCAGUCGACGUACCGCGAAGGACUUCAAGGGCAAGAAAACUAUUUGAAUUUGCACCGCGUUUGCCUGUCUUGAAUCUGAUGGUGUGACGCAUUUCAAAGAACAGCCCGCACGUGUCGAACCAAUCUCAGCCUCGCUGCUCUUCUCUUUUGAUAACAAGUUGACUCCAUGUAAUAUCAAACUCUUGCACUGCAGAAAGCAUCACAAAC